AUGUCUGCCGUCAAAACCACAAUCAAGACGGAACUCUGUUCUUACAGUGAUUACCGUAUAUACCCAGGAAGAGGAAGAAAGUUUGUUGCUAGAGAUGGUAGAGUCUCAAUAUUUUUAAAUCAAAAAUGUGCAUCUUUGUUCCACCAAAAGAUUAAGCCAGUUAAGCUUAAAUGGUCAACUAGCUGGAGAAGAAUGAACAAGAAGUUGACUAAUCAGGGAACAACUUCAAAAAGAAGAAAUAGAAAGACCGUUAGAAUUCAUAAGGCAAUUGAAGGUUUGUCUUUAGAUGAUAUUAAACAAAAAAGAGCUCAAAACCAAAACAAUUCUGGUGUUGCUCAAAAGGCUGCAUUGUCUGAGGCUAAGGCUAGACAACAGAAGAAGAAGCAAUCAAACAGAAAGUAA